AAGGCGAUCAUAUACCAGUUUCAGCUAAUCUCUCAAUCUCUAUAGCGUCACCGGGCCGACAGAGUCAUGUACACAACGCUGUGUCCUGAUCGAUAUGGUGUGCUGACGGCUUAGACGAUUAGGCUUGAGAUAUACUGACGUGCUCACUACUAAAGCUCAAACAACUACAUAUCAGCUCAGCGCCAUACAGCCUUAAAGAUACCCAAGCUAGUACAUCAACCAAAGUUACUAUAUCGUUAGCUCGUACGUAUGUAAAAGUGAAUGCACGGAUUAACUUGCAACCAACAUCAAUAUAGCCAUGUAUUACGAUGCCGGCUUGGGUCUUCUGGGAAAAGAUGUCUCGUCCGGUGUUCUUGAUACUUUCCCACUGAGUGUGCGACACGAUAUCUGCAAGUCAGUAGUAUCCCAGCUUAUAAUACCGGGUGGUAGCCAGCACCUGACAACUGUCAGUCAUGUAGACUGGAUGAUGGAGGUCUUAGGGCAGACGUUCCGACAACCCAUGGAGGAGUACGAUCUGAUGGACCAAGCCAUCAGUAUCUACCGCGUUUGGCUGGAUGGUGUCCUAACGGGAAAUGCCACCUCUCGGCUUCAUACACCCAAGCCUGUACUUGAUAACCCGGUCUACUUCUUCACGACACUAAACGAAAAUAUCCUCCACCACAUCAAACAACAAGUACCACCAGCAACGUGCCCCGCUCACACAAUAUACAACACACCUAUGGCAUCGCCACCACAGAAAGUCUACAAGCACUUCACGCUCGUAUUCGAGCCUCGUGCGGAUAUGACCAAGAAACAAGUCGAUCUGUGCCUACGCAUUGUGAUGAUCAUGCAACGCAAUGGGCGGCAGAGUAGUGAACACUUCACCUUUGAUCUGUGGGAAGUCCUCCUUAAAUGUCUACUAGGGGUGGGCCAUGGCCUGCUGUCGCCGCCCGAGCGACCGGGCGACCUGGCCGAUGGACUUGUGAAGCCGUUGCUGAGGGCACUGAUUGAGUUGUGGCUGCAUGCGUGCGGGUGCUGUUUCCCCAACCCCACCAUGUGGGCCAAUCUGCGCAAGAUGUGCAGUCGCUGGCGGCAUCGCAUCUCUCUGGUGCAUCAGUGGAAUGCCACCUGUCUGUGCCUGACGCGCAGAGUGCUCAACCUGCUGUAUGGGCCGAGUGAGGGCACCCCGUCGAUCCUGGUCACGGGUGGCGGGGGUCGAGACGGAGAAGCAACGCGGAAGAUUGGAAAUGUGAAGAUAAAUAUCCCCGACGAUUGUGUGGUGCAGGCGUGGCAUCGUAUGCUGCACCUCAUAGGUAAUCCAAGCCAUAUCAAAAACGCCCAGAUAUUCCUUCUGGCCAUUGAAGAUAACGAUGGCUCUCCUCUUGAUACGCUAACGGCUGACAUGGCAAUGGCGUCAGGGCUGGCGGGGCCCAUGCGCAGUGGUUCGCUUAAAGGACCGAGUGGAGCACUGGUCAAAACCCUCUACGACCUAAAAACACGCAUCAAGCACCUUCUGGUGAAGGCGUUCGAGAGCGAAACAGAUCCAGUCAAUACCCAGAUGCUGUUGUAUUCACUCACAGCGUUCGUGUGUGAAGAAGCGCCGCACUCGCCGUCCAUUGCACAGCAGGCAGUAAGGAGUA